AUGAUGGGAUCUUUCCGGCGACCCCGGCCUCGGUUUAUGAGCUCCCCGGUUUUGUCGGACCUCGCCCGUUUCCACGCCAGCUCCCCUUCUCUGCAGAUCUCCAACACCAGCGUGUGGAACAGGUCAGCAGAUCAAAAAACGUCCCUGAAUCAAACCUGCUCAGACUGUGAGGUUUCAGCUGAUCAGGAACCAGGACCAGGAAAGACCUCAUGGACCUCAUUAUCUGUUUUGAAGUCCAGACCAUGAACUGGAUCACAGAGGAGAUCCAGACAUGUCAGAUGCUGAACAUUGAUCUGUGGAUUUGUCCUUUAUUGGUCUGGAUUAGCUUGAUUUCACUCCUGAAGGAGGUCACAUUAACUUCCUUCAAGAAUGAAAAGAGGCUUUUCUGGAUUUGAGAAAAUUACAGCGAAGCUUUACAGACGUUUAUAUAACCGAGUCUGAACUUCGAUGGUGAAAGUUUUGUUGUUUCGAACUGCAGAUUUUCACAAAUAACCAGGAGGACAAACUAAUAAUAGACACAAACAUAACCAAAACGUGAGGAACGAGAAGCUGAACAGUAGAAACUAUAAUAUCACUGAUCGUUGGUGGACUUUUAUUUUGAAGCCUGAAAUUUGACACCUUAGAAAAAGAGGAAGACAUGACCAUAUUUGGUGAUUAGGGAUUUAACAGUAUGUUCAGUCUCUAUGUAGGCAGGUCGUGUCAUUUCAAAAAGUCCUUUUUCUUUGAAUCGCCUGUUUUCUGAUAAAUAGGGAAUUAUUUAUAUUAUAUUAUUUAUCAAUUAUUUAUAUUAUAUAUUAUUUUAGUUUGUUAAUUUUUAUUAUAUAUUAUUUUAUUAUACAAAUGUUAUUUUAUAUUAUUUUAUCAUAUAAGUAUUUUAAUGUUAUUUUAUAUCAUUUUAUAAUUUUAGUAUUUUAUUUUACAUUAUAUAUUCUUUUAUUAUUUUAGUGUGUUGUUUAAUAUUAUCAUCUAUUAUUUUAGAGGUAAUUAUUUUUUUUAUUUCAGGCCCCGGUUAUAAAAAUGUAAAUUAAUCAUCUCUGCACUCAGAACACCUGAUCCUGUUUUAGGCUGUGAAUGUGUUUAUUUCUGCUGUGACAUUUUAACAUGGGGCUCUAAGGGGACUGACUCACUUUCAGAGAUGGCCUUUAGUGGCCACUGGAGGAACUGCAGUUUUUCUUACUCCCCUGCUGUCUUCGUCUCUGAGCUCUUGUGAUGAUGUUCAGUGAAGAUUCAGAGUUCAGAUAUAAUCUGUCUGACUCUUUGAUUCCAAAACAGGAAACACAGAUAUUAUCUGGGUUUAUAUUCGUGUGUGUGUGUGUGUGUGUGUGUGUGUGUGUUUUUAGUCCAAACAUGAGCUUAAAGAAAAUAAAAAGUGCUGACUCAUGUUUUCCAGACCUUAUAAAAGGAUGAUAAGGUUCUGUUGGAGGUCAGGGUCAAACCCACCGUAACCCCGAGUUAGACCCCCCCUCCAGAGAUGAAUGUUGUCGACCGCUUGCUUCUCUAGUUAUACCAACUUUAGUAACGACCGCAGGAUAGUAAUACAGAGAGCCACGCCCCCAACCAAAACGCCACUCUAUAGCCACAAAUAAUGCUCAGAACAGCACCUAACUUCAUCAACAGGACAUAUAGGGUCACAGACAUAGUACUAGACACCAAACAUCUUUUAACUCACCUACUCUCUUCCAGCAGACGCUUGUUUGUAGAGAGACCUCAGGCCAGUCCAUUACAGACUACAGCGGGGUGCCGCAGCUCAAGGAAGAACAUUUAUGAUCAUAAUCAUUUUACAGACGCGGUAGUUCUUCUGUCUUAGCGUCUCGGUCUGAUUGUAUUUCCAUGAAGAAAUGAUCAUAAAUGUUCUUCCUUGAGCUGCGGCACCCCGCUGUAGUCUGUAAUGGACUGGUGUUACAGUGUGUUUGACCCUGACUUAAUUUUACGACGGCAUAUCCCUUCAGAUCUGGACCAGGAGGGGGCGGGGACAACCUGACAUGUUUCAGAUGAUUGGACAGACAGACCUGACAAAUUCAGCCUCUUUACUCAGUCAGAGUGAAUCUGUUUAUUUUGGAUCUAUAGAGCUGCAGUCAGAGAUUUCAGAGGGACAGUAAAGACAGAGCAGCUUCAGGGUGGUCCAGGUAUCGAUCCGAUCAGGUCGUCAAACUGAGAUCUGAAGGUCGACCUUCAAAAGAAAGAGCGUCAGACAUGAAAGGAUGAAGUUAUUCCUGAGCCGGCUGUGUGUCCUUGUGCGGCUCGGUUCUGUUCAGCUCGGUUCUGUUCAGCUCGUCCUCCGUCUGCGUGUCGUUCGCUCUUCUGUCUGUGAAAACUCGGAGCUCCUCUGAGAGCUCGGCCUGUUUCCUGCUCUCUGCAGGAUGUUUAGGAGGAAGCGGAGGUGGCAGCCGGUUCACGUCCUGCCGACCAGCUGAGUCUGAGACGAGGACCCUUACACACACACACACACACACACACACACGUGCACACACAGACACACUGCACGUGAAAAUGACUUCCAGGCUGUUUGUGAGGAAGCUGCAGGAGCUGAAGGACGAGUCUGAGGAGUGACAGAGAGGAUUUUUCUAUCAGCUGACGUGACGCUCCUCCAACUCUCAGACUCGUGUCUCACAUGACUCGCUGACCUCUGACCUUCCCGUGUUCCCUUUGUGCCCUCAGUGUCCAAUCAGCUGUGAUCAAGGUGUUUCAAGGCGGAGCGCUGCAGGCCAACGAGCUGUACACGCUUAACGAGAGCAUCAGGUGACCCCGCGGUUCUUCUUCUCUGACUGCAGAAACGUUGUUUUAGAUCUCGGAGAGGAAGUGACAUCAGUGUCCUCUUUGUGUCUCUGCAGGUGGCUCCUGAAGACAGAGAUGGGCUCCUUCAUCACCGACUACUUCCAGGUCCUCCUCGACUUUCAGACGUAGAUUUCUGUAAAAGUUAAACUCAAAGCGUCAGAAAUUACAGAUGUAUGAAGUCAGAUCUGCUCUCAUAUGAAGCCCUCUCUCUGACUCUCAGUAAACCUUCACCUGGAUCUGAGUGGACGACUCUCCUCUCUGUGGGAUUAUCAGUUUUAACCGGCUCAUUAAUCUAAGCUGGCGUCCUCCUCCUCCUCCUCCUCCUUCUCCUCCUCGUUUUAUUUAUCUGAUAGAGAGGAGAGGAGCGGCUCAGCAGGAGGUUCAGCCCGUUAAUCUGUAUCUCAGAUCUGCAGUCUGUUGAGACAGAUUUGAAAAACACACACACACACACACACACACACACACACACACACACACACACACACACACACACACACACACACACAGCCAUUGUUAUUCCUCAUGGCUGCGAAACGUCAUCAUCUGUCGGGUUCGGAGAUUCAGAAUCACGAUAAUGUUCAGUUCGAUGUUCAGAGCCGACAGCCCGCGUUUGGCUCGGGCGUGUGAUGAGGUUUCCAUCUUUUCCAGUCAAUCAAAGGUGAAGGAGGCGGGACCUUCUCCUACCAUCCUACAAAAAAAAAAUAUGGCGUCCGGGGCGGAUGGCUCCCAUUGGUCAAUGUUUUUGCAGCCCUGCACCUGAUCAUUUUUCUCUUCACUUUGUGGAGAUCGAACUAUAGGACCAUGAUCGCCAUAGAAACGAGGUUUAUAAUAAUCACCAAUCUCUCCGAUCGUCAACCAUGACUUUAAUUUUUUAAUUAGACUGAGGUAAGAAAAAAAACCUGUAACCUGAUAAUCAAACGUUAUUUUUGUGUUUCAGAACCAGCUGCUGACCCGAGGUCUGUCUGAAGUCCUGGAUCAGGUCCUCCUUCAUUCUGGUGAGUUUGCUGAGUAUACAUGCAGGGGGGGUGGUCCUGAACCUGGUUUUGGGAUCUGGGUCAGUAGUGUUGAAAAGUGUUCUCAGGACUUGUGUGUCGUUGCUCGUUGGUUCGUUGUAUCAUGUGACCUGCGCCCUCAGCCUCCAUGUUUGUGUGUUUCUGUUUAUAGCUGCAGGAAUCAAUAAGGCUCGGUCUAAUGUCAUUACACACACACACACACACACACACACACACACACACACACACACACACACACACACACAGAAGUCCGCGCCGCGUUAGUCUGUCUCCACAAACACUGCAACAACAGAAACAUUAAGCCGACGUGUAAUGAGCUAAUUUCCUGUGUUUGUGAUGGGUUUCCACGGUAACCGGCUGCAGGUGACGACCAGCUCGCCGUCCUCGCCGACAUGUGGGUGAGAUUCUUCACGGAGACCCUCCCCACUCUGCAGGCCAUCUUCUACCCAGUCCAGGUACCCUCACCCUGACAAAACUCUGAUCACGAUAAACAAGAUCACGUCAGAGAGUUAGCAUGAUCGCUAAUGUGUCAGAAAAUUAGCAUGAUCGCUAAUGUUUCAGAGAAUUAGCAUGAUCGCUAAUGUUUCAGAGAAUUAGCAUGGUCGCUAAUGUUUCAGAGAAUUAGCAUGAUCGCUAAUGUUUCAGAGAAUUAGCAUGAUCGCUAAUGUUUCAGAAAAUUAGCAUGAUCGCUAAUGUUUCAGAGAAUUAGCAUGAUCACUAAUGUUUCAGAAAAUUAGCAUGAUCGCUAAUGUUUCAGAAAAUUAGCAUGAUAGCUAAUGUUUCAGAGAAUUAGCAUGAUCGCUAAUGUUUCAGAAAAUUAGCAUGAUCGCUAAUGUUUCAGAAAAUUAGCAUGAUCGCUAAUGUUUCAGAAAAUUAGCAUGAUCGCUAAUGUUUCAGAGAAUUAGCAUGAUCACUAAUUUUUCAGAGAAUUAGCAUGAUCGCUAAUGUUUCAGAGAAUUAGCAUGGUCGCUAAUGUUUCAGAGAAUUAGCAUGUCAUAGCGAUCAUACUAAUUUUCUGACACAUUAGCAUGUGUCAGAAAAUUAGUAUGAUCGCUAAUGUUUCGGAGAAUUAGCAUGGUGGCUAAUGUGUCAGAAAAUUAGCAUGGUUGCUAAUGUUUCAGAGAAUUAGCAUGAUCACUAAUUUUUCAGAAAAUUAGCAUGAUCGCUAAUGUGUCAGAAAAUUAGCAUGAUCGCUAAUGUUUCAGAGAAUUAGCAUGGUCGCUAAUGUGUCAGAAAAUUAGCAUGGUCGCUAAUGUUUCGGAGAAUUAGCAUGGUGGCUAAUGUGUCAGAAAAUUAGCAUGGUUGCUAAUGUUUCAGAGAAUUAGCAUGAUCACUAAUUUUUCAGAAAAUUAGCAUGAUCGCUAAUGUUUCAGAAAAUUAGCAUGAUCGCUAAUGUUUCAGAGAAUUAGCAUGAUCACUUAUGUUUCAGAAAAUUAGCAUGAUCGCUAAUGUUUCAGAAAAUUAGCAUGAUCGCUAAUGUUUCAGAGAAUUAGCAUGGUCGCUAAUGUUUCAGAGAAUUAGCAUGAUCGCUAAUGUUUCAGAGAAUUAGCAUGGUCACUAAUGUUUCAGAGAAUUAGUAUGGUCGCUAAUGUUUCAGAGAGUUAGCAUGGUCGCUAACGUUCAACUUCAGAGUAUUUUUACCUGAAACACAAGUGUGCGUUUGUGUAACUGUGUGCGUGUGUCUGAAGGAGCUCAUGACACUGAUCAGUCAAUUAGAGAUCAUCUGAGUGGAUUAAACUGUGUGUGUGUGUGUGUGUGUGUGUGUGUGUGUUUUCAGGGUCAGGAGCUCACAGUGAGACAGAUGGCUCUGUUGGCCUUCAGAGACCUGGUGCUGCUGAAGCUCCACCUGGAGGAGACUCUGGGAACUGCAGCCUCCGUCCCUCCACCUGUCACACAGAUGCUGCUGGUGCUGCAGGUAAACACAGACGUCUAGGAAUAACACAUUAGAGUCACGUAUUGGCCCUUUAAUUAGUAAAUGAUCAUACGUUUGAACUCAUUAGGAUCAUUCCUCAGAUUAAGGAGCACGACAGGUUAUAAAACAGUUAAUCCAGAUUAAUGUAAACACUUGGAUUUGGAUUAAACUCUAAGAAGAAAACUGAUGGAUCCAAAUCUGACAUUUGUUCAGAAAGGACAACUGGAUUUACUGGAGACGUUUCACCGAAGGAAACAACGUCUAAGGUUCGUAGUGUCUCCGACGUCCUGCCUAACAGACAGCAGCUUCCUUUGGCGAAACGUCUCAAGUUAGUCCAGUUGUCUGUUCAACAAGGAACUGGAAAUCAUAGAUGCUGCAUCCUCCUCUCUAGCUCUCUACUUCGUUUCCCAGACUCUCAGAGGAUCUACGGUCUUCAGACAAUAGCGGACAGGUUUCUGGACUCAGACCAACGAAACUCCAGCAGAGACCCGUCUCCUUAAAUCUUUGCUCUUUUGUAAAUCUGUGAACCUGGACUUGUCUCUUUCAGGGGAUCCAUGAGUCCGGUAGUCCCAGUUUGGAGUAUUACCAGUUGGAGCGGCUGGUGGAGAUCAUCGUGUCUCCGUAUCUCAGCAACGUCCUGCACAACAGACAGCAGCUUCUUCUGGGUCAGUACAAACGUCACAGUUCGGUCCUGUUUCCCACAGUCCGUUUUCUGCUGAGGCCGAUAAUUGCCCGUUAUCUCUCUGUAGACGGUUGAACGUGAAGAUGUUUAAAAUGGACUCGUGUGUAGACUGUCCCAAGUGGACAUUUAAGGAACUGCAGUUUUUGGGACUAACUGGGUUCUCUGUUACCCCCAAAUUCCACCGUUUCUAGAACGGCUACGAAAAAGUCGUAUCGGUCAAUUUACACCGACUUCUUUCCGUUCCUCUGCGGAUCGCCGGACUCCUCAGCUGAUCACAAGAGUUCUAUUUUUUCUGGACGCCGGAGCAUGGCAGAUAAAUUCAGCACAGAUUAACCCGUGCUGGAAAGGAAGUCCAGCUGGAUCGGAGCCGUUCCUGAUGCGGUGAAAAUUGGUGGUUAGGCCGAAGUGUUAAUUCCAGAGUCUCCUGGUGCGAUAAACCAAGUGUCGGUCAGGGUUACUGGAGGUCAACAGGUAGUCUGUUUAGAAGGUCAUAGGUCAGGGAUCAGAGGUCAGGGGGUGUGGCUCUGUAGUAAUAAUGCCGAGUAAAUCCUCUCAGCAGGGAGCUGAGCCGUUUAAUCCGCCGCUCUGGUUUCACUGCUGCAGGUCCCUGCUGGAUAAAGGUCACUAACUGCUGCACACCUGUAAGAACACACCUGCUGACAGACGGCCUAUCAGCACAGAGAGCCUGAACUCGUGUUUUACAGCAGGUUCACUCAGAUAAGAAUAAAGUCAAACUGUCUGAAGGGUCGCUCCAAAAAAGUCCAGGAAGAACUUUGAAAACUAAAAGUCAAACUCUCGUUUCUGAAGAGCGUGGACAGGCGCUAACAGCAGGAUGACGUCACUUUCAGGGGUCACUCCCAGCAGCUUUAUUCGUCUAAACUCUUUCCUCCUCGUUUCACAAACAAACUAAAACGUCCCGUCAGAGCCGAGAAACCUCCACAUCACCACGGCCUGAAAUCCUGAUCAGAUUACAGUCCUAAUCCCGGCUCUGAAACAGCCCAGCUGAGAGGUUCUCCUGCAGGAGGCCACUUCAGGAACUCAACAACACUGACGUCGUACCGUGUAACAACAAAAAAAAAAAGUUAAUAUGUGAAAAAUUCAGAGAGAUCAGCAGAAAC